AUGGCGCCUGCCUCUCGUGUACGGCGGGAUGCCGAUGCCCGGGGGCUAAAAGGCGCCCGUGCACGCUGUGCACAAUGGCGUGCAGCCCAACCACAGGCAAAACUGGACUUGCGGAUAGAAUGUGAGGAGUCCUUGUGGCAAGAUUGGGUCUCCGUUUGUUCUGGCAGCAUGCAGUCCCUUGGGGGGUGCAGCGAACCACAUAGCAUUUCCGUCACUAGUUUUAGCGCACAGUCUAGUGGCAGAGUUUUGGACGCAAUGGCAAAUAAUGCGGACAGGAAGGGAGCAGCCGUUGCUGGCUGGGAGCGGCAGUUGGCGCAGUAG